CCUCCGCCGCCCCAUGGGAGACGCGUAGGCCUCGGGACCCGGGGCGGGGGGGGAGACCGGGCGCCCCGGAGCUCCGCCAUGAAGUCUCGGCAGAAGGGUAAGAAGAAGGGCGGCUCGAAGGAGCGGGUGUUUGGGUGUGAUCUCUUGGAGCACCUGCAGAACUCCGGCCAAGACGUGCCCCAGGUGCUGCGGAGCUGUGCCGAGUUCGUGGAGGAGCACGGCGUGGUGGACGGGAUCUAUCGGCUGUCGGGGGUGUCCUCCAACAUCCAGCGGCUUCGGCAGGAAUUUGAGGCGGAGAGGAAGCCGGAUCUGGGGAAGGAGGUCUACCUGCAGGACAUCCACUGCGUCUCCUCCUUGUGCAAGGCCUAUUUUCGGGAGCUGCCCGAUCCCCUGCUCACCUACCGGCUCUACGACAAGUUCGCCGAGGCGGUGGCCGUUCAGAUGGAGGCCGAGAGACUGGUGAAGAUCGGCGAAGUCCUGCGGGAGCUGCCCGACCCACACUACAGGACCCUGGAGUUCCUCAUGCGUCACCUGGUCCACAUGGCAUCGUUCAGCGGCCAGACCAACAUGCACGCCCGCAACCUGGCCAUCGUUUGGGCCCCCAACCUGCUGCGGUCGAAGGACAUCGAGGCGUCGGGGUUCAACGGGACGGCGGCCUUCAUGGAGGUGCGCGUCCAGUCCAUCGUCGUCGAGUUCGUCCUCACGCACGUCCAGCAGCUGUUCGGAGGAGCCCCCCUGCCCAUUGGAGAAGCAGAGGGCGGGCGGCGGUCCCUGCUGCUGGGGAUCGGGAGACCCCCCAUCGGGCCGGGGGUCUUGGAGGAGGUCAGCAGCCGGAGCCCCACCUGCCACCUGCCCAGCAUCCUGCAGGCCGGAGACGGGCCCCCCCAGAUGCGGCCGUACCACACCAUCAUAGAGAUCGGGGACCACAAGAGAAAGGGCUCACUGAAGGUCAGGAAGUGGAGAUCCAUCUUCAAUCUGGGCCGGUCCGGGCAUGAGACCAAAAGGAAAACCCACCGUGGGGGUAAGGAUGGGGAGAAGCUGGACAAGGGGAGCCUGCGGCCAGCGAAGAGCAUGGACUCCCUCAGCGCCGCCUGUGGCGUCUGUGACGAGUCCGAGGAGCCCCCCAGAUCCGACGGCCCCCGCCCCAGCCUGCUGGGCCUCGACGGCCCGGAGGACGUCUCGGCGGCGGCGGCGGCGGCGGCUUCGGGGUUCCCAGAGGCGGGGGGCGAGACGAGCUCGGCCCCGGGGACCCCCCGGGCGGGCCGGGCCGGGGUCCGGAGUCCCAGCUCGCGGGCGGAGCGCUGCGCGGGGGUCCACAUCUCGGACCCCUACAACGUCAACCUGCCGUUGCACAUCACGUCCAUGCUGAGCGGGCCGCCCACCAUCGUGUCCAACGUCAGCCUGGCCCGCCUCACCCGCGGCCUCGAGUGUCCCGCCCUCCUGCCCCGACCCGCCAACGCCGCCAACGUCGCCAACGCCGACGAGGCCGAAAACGCCGCCAACGUCGCCAACGCCGACGAGGCCGAAAACGCCGCCAGCGCCGACAAGGCCGAAAACGCCGCCAACGCGGACGAGAAGGCAGAAGCGUCCCCGGCCCCGGCCGAGGCGGCCGGCCCAGAGCUGGCUCGACUGUCCCAGGAAGUGCAGGAUUCCUUCUCCUUCCUGGAAGACCUGAACGGCUCCGAGAAGGACUGGGGCGGUGGAGAGGGGCAGGGGGUCUGCCCGAGGCCCCUCUCCCUGGUGGACGAUGACCCCGUCUACCUGGGCGACCCCUUCUACACGGGCGCCGGGCUGCAGGCAGAGGAGUUCUCCGUGGAGCCGCCCCUGGACGAGCUGUCCCUGGAUGAGGCGCCGUUCGUCCUGGCCCCCGCCUGCUGCUCCCUGGACGGCAGGGCCCCCACGCCGGAGGAGAGCGGGGACGACGUCUUCUUGAGCGCCUACGACGACCUGAGUCCCCUGCUGGGGCCCGGGGCUCCUGGCGACGAGGCCCGCUGGGCCCCGAAUGAGGCGUGGGGACGGGGAGAGGCCCAGGAGGAUGCAGGUGCGGGAGGACGACGGGCCAGAGGAGACGAGAGGACCGGAGAGGCUGCCGGGGCCGAGGGAGAGGAGCCUGGGGGAGAUGGAGAGGCCCGGGUGGAGGCCGGAGACCCGGGGGCGGCCCAGACCCGGGCCCAGGCAGACCCUGAGGUCAGAGGGGAGGAGGUGAAUGUGGAGGCUCUGGGACUCCAGGAAGGGGAUGGGCCUCGGGACGGUCCAGAGGUCCAGGAAGAGGCUGAGGGAGGUUGGGAGAUUCUGGAAGAGGCUGAGGGAGGUUGGGAGGUCCGGGAGGAGGCCAGGACGGGUCAGGAGGUCCCAGGAGAGGCAGCGGGUGGUCGGAAGGUCCAGGGAGAGGCCGAGGGGGAAGGUUGGGUGGUUCCGGAAGAGGCAGGGGAAAGUCAGGAGGUCCAGAAAGAGACUGGGAGAGGUCAGGAGGUCCAGGAAGAAGAUGGGGGAGGUCGGGAGGUCCAGGGAGAGGCUAGGAGAGGUCAGAAAGGCCAGGAAGAGGUCAGGGGAGGUCAGGAGGUCCAGGAAGAGGCUGGGGGAGGUCAGGAGGUCCAGGAAGAGGCUACGGGAGGUCAGCAGUUCCAGGGAGGGGUCGGAGAAGGUCAGGAGGCCCCAGAAGAAGCCAGAGGGAGUCAGGAGGUCCAAGCGGAGGCUGGAAAGGAGAUGGAACCGGAGCGGAUCCAGGCUUCGGACCCAGGGGACCCUGAGGCCAGAGGGGAGGAGGCUGAAGGGGACGGAGAGGCCACGCGGGCCCGGGAGGCCGAGGGAGGCCGGGAGGCCGGUGAAAACGGCCCCCUGGCCCCGGGAGCCGAGCCCCUGGCGGCCUCUGGCUCCGAGCCGGCGGGUCCGGGCUACCAGAGGCCCGCGCCAUCGGAGCGCUGGCCACCGUGCCCCUCUCCCCCGCCCCCCAGCCCCACGGGCAGCGUGGGCAUGCGGCUGGCCUCCACCCUGGUCAGGGUGCAGCAGGUCCGCUCCGUGCCCGUGAUCCCCCCGAAGCCGCAGUUCGCCAAGGUGCCCUGCGCCCUGACCAGCAAAAUCCACGUGGCCCCCGCGACCCCCUGCCCGCGGCCUGGCCGGCUGGACGGCUCGCCCGCGGAGGGGGCCUCGGCCGCCCGGGCCCAGAGGGCCUCCUGGAGGAACGGGGGCAGCCUGUCCUUCGACGCGGCCGUGGCCCUGGCCCGGGAGCGGCAGCGGACGCAGGCCCCCGCGGCCGUCCGGCGCACCCAGACCUGCGGCCCCCCGCCCCCGCCGUGCGGCCCCGUUCCGCCCUGCGCCCCCCGGCCUCUCAGCUGCGUGGGCUGCCCCCUGACCCGGGACCCCCCGCUCGGGGGCUCAGAGAGGGCUGACCCCCGCAGCCGGCUCAGCCUGCCCCCGCCGGCCUCCCGCCCGCCGGAGACCCCCGGCCCUCGCCAACGCAGCUCCUACGCUUUCGAGAGACCAUCCUGCGAGAGGAGGGACGGGCGAGACUUCGGGGACCCCGGCUCUUGCUCCCCGGUCCGAGAUGAUUCCCGCCUUGGCGGGGCCGGGGUGGAUUCAGGCGGGACUGAGCCCUUGCGCAAAGGCUUCUAG